AUGGAGUUAGAGGGUCAUGCGGAUUUUACGGUGGCCAGCCUGCACCUGCUGUCGAUCGAAACAAAGCUCCUGGUGGACCACCCGGCGUCGGCCCUGCCAUCUGGAAGUCGAGUCUCACAGCGCCUUGUGCCGGUUUUCUUCGCCGCGCUCGAGCUCCUGGCCCUUGGCCUGGGCGAGGCCUUCACCGAGGAGGGAGCCCACUCGCCGGGCCGGCCGAAUCCUUUCCGCUUGGAUGUUCUCCUCGGCGCCGGGCGUCUUGUCAGCCUGGUAAAGACGGCUCGCGACACGAUCGAGGCCUCGGUGGCGGAUGCCCUGCUGGCCCUGUUCAAUCCGGGCCUGUCGCUGUUGCCGACCCUCGGCGGCGGGGGCAAGGCCGGGCCCAUUGUCCUGUCCCCCAGUGGCUCCAACUCGGUGCCGGUCCCGGAAGACCCGGCAGCCGGGCACCUGCCCGAGGGGAUCCCCGAUGCCGAGUGUGUUCGGCACCUUCGCCGCCCGCUGGUGGUGGCCUAUCUCCGAGUGCUUGGGUCUUGGCUGUCGCAGGACACCCUCGAGGACACGGACCUCUACCCGGUGCAGGAUGUCUCCAAUCGGGCUGCCAGCGCCGGGGCCGGGUCCGAUGCCGCCGACCCGGCCGACGGGGGCUACUCCUUUGCCGAGAUCAUGACCGGCUCCGACCUGGCCCGGCCGCUGGCCGUCCGCGCGGCGGUUCUCUUUCCUCUGCUCCUGCGUCUUUCGGAUUUGCAGCAGCAGCAGCAGCAGCAGCAGCAGCAGCAGGGUGACUCGGCCACCUCCGACCGGGGUAGCGCCUCCCAUGCGGGCCUGGUCAUCGGCCUUGACCGACUGUCCUUGUCCGAGGGCAGCCACCUUCCAACGUCCCUUUUUGAUUUGUUCUUCCCGACCUUCAGUAGCUUGGCUGCCACCGGUGACCCGGAUCUCCUGACGAUCCUCCUUCAGGGGGGCCUGCCGCGACUGGCCUUCCGGUCCCUGGCAGCCGGCUACCCCGAGGACCUGGACGUGGCGGGUCGCCAGGCCCCUCCCAACGCCAGGCUGACCUUGGCCGGCGUGGCUGCCCUCGUGGCGGCUUCCCCUGCGUCCGGGGCCGAGGCCCAGCCCCUCCAGAUGGCUCUGGCCCGGGGUGCAAAGCGUCUUGGCUGCGCACAGCGCGCCCUUGAGGUCCUCCUCCCGCUGCUGGUGUCCACCGAGUCGCUGGUGCAGGAGUUCGCCGCGGCCGAGAAGACCGGGCAUCGGUCGGCCGGGCAGCCGGCAAGCCUAUUUGACGCGACCGGCCUCACACCGACCGACGUGGACCAGCUCCUUGCCAAUGCCGAGGCGGCCGUGCUGCUCGCUCGGAAUCGAGGCCUGGCCCUCGUCUCCGGUGGCGUCUCUCAGCCGGGAGGUGGUGUCUCCGACAAGCCGGUGUCUGCUCGGCAGGUGUCCGCCCUGCGGGCGGCGCUCGGCCAGAAUCCCGGCCUCGGCACCAAUCUGGCCCCCCUUUCGGCGGUGCUGGGCGUGGAGCUGCUCUUGGCUGCUGUCGCCCUCUUCGCCCUGAAGCUCCGCCUCCAGGUGGACCGAAUUCUGACGGUCGACGCUGACACCCAGGCCUCUGGAGGCUCCGGGCCGCUUCCCGCCCUCCGGGUCGCCCUUCCGCCAGCAGUUUGA